AACGAAAUGAAAAUGUCGACUAAUUAAUGAAGCAACCUUGGCAUUCACUUGGUUUCCGAAGAUGUGAAGUUCCUGCAAAGAUGCGAGGAUUGUGCUGUUGUCUCUACAAGGGUGGCCAGAGACAGGAAGAACCCAAGAGCAGUGUAAAUCCACCCCAAGCAGCCAAGGGUCACAAAGAACCCCAAAGCAGUGUAAAUCCACCCCGAGCAGCCAAGGGUCACACGAAAAGCGGCACCAGAAGUGGCGGUAUGGUUUUUUUGGGAGCCGCUGCUGCUACUACAGCUGUAGUCAGCAGUGGUGGUGGUGGUGCUUGUGGCGGUGGCGGAGGAGGAGGCGGCUGUGGUGGUGGCGGUGGCUGUGGCGGUGGCGGAGGCUGUGGUGGUGGUGGAUGCUAAGACCAAAUUCCAGGACUCUUAUGAUGAUAUGGUCUUCAAUAGUUCCCUCCCUCUGGCAAUUAAUCAACUAUCUCUUUCUCAUCAGCAUUUUUAAAUAAUUCAUCUCAUGUCGGGGUAGCUAGCCUCUGGUCAUGUCAUAUAUAUAUAUAUAUAUUUGAUUGAAUAAAUGCUACACUCUCUAGAAAAUCUUGUGUCAUCCAUAUUUGUGUGUGUGUGACCAUUCAAUUUGUACGUCCUAUAUUGUAAAAAACUAGAGCCAUUGUGUCAACAUGGAACAUGUACAAUGGCCACUUCAAUUGUUUGCAAAACCCAUUUAUACAUGUUUUAGUGACCCAUCAUACUAGUUAAAUAAAUAAUAUAUCGGUGUCAAUUUAGUGGAUUGCGACUUUGAUCCUUAUUCUACGCAAGAGCAAAAGACCUAACCUAUAAUUUAUCUCCUCUGAUGUAAUAAAAAACACGAGUAUCAGGAUCUACGCAAAGAUGGUCGUCCCAAAUGACACCAGCACUAGGACCCUGUCUGAGUUAGUGACCAAAAGCCUUCUCGACGAACUCAAUACUAAAAUGAUGGCAUUAGACAUCAUCUCACUUUAACUAG